AUGAUUUAUGAGGAUGUUUAUAUGAAACAACCACUGGGGUACAAAGAUUCAGUCCAUCCUGAUUAUGUCUGUAAGCUUUCCAAAGCUCUUUAUGGUCUACAACAGGCACCUAGAGCAUGGUAUUCUAUGUUCUCUAGUUAUCUGGUUCAACUUGGUUUUCAGUCAAGCAAAGCAGCCACUUCUCUGUUUAUUUUCACUCAAGGGAUACAUAUUACUUUAGUAUUGAUCUAUUUAGAUGACAUAGUCAUCACAGGAAGCGAUUCUUCUUACAUCACAUCUCUUAUUAACAAGCUCAGUCAAAGGUUUGUUAUGAAGGACUUGGGACCAGUUCAUUAUUUUCUGGGUAUUGAAGUUACCACUUUACCUUAUGGUCUUUUUCUUUCCCAAGCUAAAUAUGCCUCUGAUGUUCUUAGAGCUGGCAUGAUAGACUGUAAAGUUGUUGGUUCUCCUGCCUCAGUUAAGCCUAGCAUACCAGAUUGUGAUUCUUUUUUUCAAGACGUUUCCUUAUAUAGACCUUUGGUGGGUUCUUUACAAUAUUUGACAUUGACUAGGCCUAAAAUAUCCUUUUCUGUGAAUGUGGCUUGUCAACAUAUGCAUGCUCUUAAGCUGAAUCACUUUAAGGCUGUCAAACGCAUACUUCGAUACAUAGAAGGGUCUGUUCAUCAAGGGUUGCACUUUGUUCCAGGGCCCUUAACCCUCACAGCUUUUGCAGAUGCUGACUGGGCAAGGGAUCCAGUCGAUAGAAGGUCCACAACAGGUUUUGGGGUUUUCAUGGGGCAUAAUUUAGUCUCUUGGUGUGCCAAGAAACAGCACACCGUGGCUCGCUCUUCUACUAAGGCCGAGUAUAGAGCCAUGGCACAAACGGCCAGUGAUUUGGUUUGGUUGCAACAGUUAUUUUCUGAAUUGCAUAUUCCAUCUUCUACUCCACAUGUCUUAUGGUGUGAUAACAAGUCUGCCAUUGCAUUAGCUUGCAAUCCCGUUUACCAUGCUAGGACUAAACACAUAGAGAUUGAUUAUCAUUUCAUUCGUGAACAAGUGCUGAAUAGGCAGAUUGUGUUAUAUCACAUUAGUUCCGAAGCUCAACUAGCUGACAUUUUCACCAAGGCUUUGUCUGUAUCCAGGUUUCAGCUUCUAAAGUCCAAACUCAUGGUAGCUAAUCUUCCCAUUCGUUUGCGGGGAGGUGUAAAGGAGAAGGAGAAGGACACAGCUGCAGCUGAUCUCAACUCUUCUUCAACUGAUAAAGAGGUGUCCACGUCAGCUGGUCCUAGUGGGUCUAUUUUGUAG